AUGUUCUCUAAAACUUUGCCUUCAAUCUUACUAGCUCUGGUCUUAGCUAGUCUUGCAUCUGCUCAUUUCACUUUGGACUCUCCGCCUACUAGACUUUUCAAGGAAGAGAUGGAAACAAAAUUCUGUGGUGGAGCUCCAAAUCCUUCGAAUCAUCGAACAAAGAUUCCCCUAUCAGGCAAAUUUUCCGUUUGCAUAACAUCGCAUCAUGAGAAAGCUGAGGUGAAUAUACUCCUUAGUACAAAGUCUAAGCCAGUCAGCGAUUCCGAUUUUAGUAACAAUGGAAAAACGAAUUAUUUGUUACAUUCUAAACAAAUUAAAGGUCAAAAGAAAUUCUGUUUCGAUGUUGACAUUGGUUCAUUGAAGCAUAUCAAACCCCUUCCUAAGAAAGGAUCUUCUGCUACCAUACAAGUUGAAUUUCAUGCUAGUGAUGGGAAGUUAUUCCAAUGUGCUGAUUUAAUCUUGUCUUAG